AUGAACACGCUUACAAGAAGAGACUCUGGGGUUGUACAUUCCUACGCGGGAUUACCAAUAUCCAUUGAAAAAGCUAUUAAUACGAACAAGCCACUACCUCCAGUACCACGUAUUAAACCAGCAUCAAGGCCGGGUCCGAAGGCAGGUGUUCCUUCUUCACCUCGCCCCAUCACAUGCCCCCAGAAUAUCAAGACUUUGUCCAAGAAACUCAAGUCCAAGACUGACCAGAGUUCUCCGCGGUGGAAGGGACUUCACUUGACAGUUCCCCAAGUAACCCUCAAAUCCAAGAUUUCAUUCCCAGGCCUACUCACAGCUUCCAAAAACGGCUCAAUUAAAAACAUUGCUGUAGAAUGCGACGGCAUUAGCAGCUCUGCAAAUGUUGUCUCCCUCCCAAUCAAGCACACCAACGCCCUUCUAGGCCCAUAUCCAUCUGAAACCACAUCCAGUGCAAAGCCCAAUGUAGAGAAAACACUCUCACUACCUUUGCACGUUCCAGCGUAUGGUCCCACAUAUUCGAUCAACGCCGCGGAUAUGAAGGCAAACAUAAAACCCGUGGUGGUACGUGACCAUGCACCCCCAAUACACUGGCGAGAUGCUUUUGUCGAAUCUGUAUUUGAAGCUAGUGAGUUUAUUAAGCAGAGUGCGAGGGAGAAGCUCGAUGGAGUUAUGUGUGUAAGUCGACGAAGAAAGAAUUCGGAUGCUAGCUUUAUGUGUCAGGGUGUAGGGAAUGAAGGGCUUGAUACGUGGAGCUAG